AUGGUCUCUUUGAUACGGAAGUCGCAAUGGACCAAGCCAUUCGUUCAAGAGCCAAGUGAGGUCGACGACGAGGUCGUGCCAACAAAGAAACGAAGCCUGCCUUAUGUGGCGAUCCUGCUCUUGUUCCUCGCCAUUACUGGUUUCGUGCUACAAGCUCUGAUCAGAAUCGCGCUACCCUCUGUCUUUCUCGCCAUUGCUGCACUACAUCUCGUGCUGGUCAGGCCGCGAACAGCCUCGGUAUUCCUACUCUUGCUCUACACCACUCUACUCGUCCUGCAGGUGUCGGUGCUCGCCUCCUCCAAGUGGACCUCGGCUUCUGAUGCCUAUAAUCUCGUCGCCGCUAUCUACAUCAUCAACAUCAGCAUACCGCUCAUCAGCAUAGCUGCUGUGGUUAAUUUACCGCUUCGGGACCCCUCCUUGCCACGCAAGGGUAUCAGUCAACCAUUCACCGCCCCCACAGCGGACCUCAGAUCUCCAGAGGAUGAUCUGACCCUAUGGCAAUGGAUGACUGUGUCAUGGAUGUCUGCGCUUAUCUCUCUUGGCAAGCAACGACAGCUGAAUGAGAACGAUGUUUGGUAUCUUGGGUAUGAGUUUCAGCAUAAUCACCUGCAUGAUGCAUUCCGCGAACUUAGAGGUACCGUCAUCAGACGGUUGCUCCGUGCGAAUUGGAUUGACCUGGCUUUGCUCACAUUACUCGCAAUUCUAGAACUGGUGGCCAAUUACUCUGCGCCAUUGUUGCUUCAGCAGCUACUCAAAGCUAUGGUCAACCUGCAACACGAGACGAAACCUGCAGUCAUCUUUGCCCUCCUCAUUCUUGGCGUCAGACUUGUCGCAGCGCAGAGUUCAGUAUUCAGUCUAUGGUUCGGCAGACGCGCGUACGAACGGUCCAGAGGAGAGAUGAUUACUAUGCUCUUCGAGAAAACACUUAACAGAAAAAUCGUUGCGACUGUGAAAGAUGUAGACGAAGGCGUACAGGAUGAGGAGUCCAAUAGCGAAACUGACCCUAGCGUCUCGACGAGCAGAGAUGCUGGGAGCGAGACACAAGGACUUUUGAACAAUAACAGCAAGUCCGACGAGAAACAGUCGUUUUUGUCGAAGUUCCUACGCAAGGCGCAUCUGAGACGUAGCAAAAACCCGGAGUCGAUCACCGAAGACAACGCGCCUGCUUCGAUGGGCAAAAUUCUCAACUUGAUGCGUGGCGACGUUUACGAGGUAAGCCAAAGAUUUUGGGAAUUCCAGACCCUGAUCAACAAACCCCUCGGUAUGGUAUUGUCACUAUGCUUGGUAUGGAACCUCCUUGGUCCAUCGUGUUUGCUUGGAGUCGCUGUUGUGAUCGUCGCUCAAUUUCUCAAUGGCAUCUUUGCUAGGAUUCUCAUCAAGAAGGAACGACUUCGACGCAAAGCUACAGACGCCAAACUGCAAAAAGUUUCAGCUUACGUCGAAGCAAUCCGACACCUCAGAUGGUAUGGCUGGCAUCCUAUCUGGCUUGAAAGAAUCCUAGAAGCUAGGCAAGCCGAGCUUGAUCUCAAGAUCAUUACAUUCCUAUGGAACUGUACUAUCAGAUUCGUCAACAUCUUGGGUAGUGGUUUGCUACCUGUCGCGGCGUUUUACGGAUUCACGGCACUGGCGGGUCACGAAUUGCGCAUCGAUAUCGCUUUCCCAGCUCUGCAACUUUUCAACAUGCUGCAAAGUGACUUGAGAGAGAUCCCGAAUCUGAUUACUGUCCUGAUCAAUGCUUCUGUAGCUGUAGGGCGCAUUGAAGCUUUCAUGAGAGAGCCCAACAAGGUUGCAGACGACAGCUCAGACUCAGCAUCCUCCGAUAUACUUGAGUUGAAGCUCGCUACCUUUGCAUGGCCGGGACUCUCGAGAGAGGUACUUCGCGAUCUAUCUCUUUCUUUCCGGCCGGGCCUCAACGUAGUAUUCGGUCAAGUAGCAGCUGGAAAGAGCGCCCUUUUGCAAGCCCUGCUUGGGGAGCUGGACUUGCACAGUGGCGAGUUGAUCAAAUCAAACGCUCCGAUCGCCUAUUGCGCACAGGCUCCAUGGCUUCAAAGCAUGAGUAUUCGCGACAACAUCCUGUUCUCGUCUCCUUACGACGAUAUACGAUACAAGCAGACUCUUGAAGCUUGUGCUCUCACUGCUGACUUGGCCGGUUUCAAGCACGGAGAUCUAUCCAACAUUGGAGAGAACGGCAUUGGAUUGUCUGGAGGACAGAAAGCCAGAGUCGCCUUGGCACGUGCUGUCUACAGCAGGGCCAAAAUCCUUCUUCUCGACGACCCCUUGAGUGCACUUGACCAGCAGACAGCCGAAUCUAUUGUGGCCAAGUGUUUUGGAGGAGAUCUUGUCGAGGGUCGCACGGUGAUCUUGGUGACCCACCGCACAGAUCUAUGCAAGGGAUUGGCUGAACAACUCAUUGAAGUUACAGACGGGACCGCAAAAUCUUUCAAGGGUGAUUCGCUACAGCUUAGCUCGACAAAUUCUCGCACAGCUCAAACACUCAAGGAAGCGAAGUCGGUCAAGAUUGACGAAGCUCAAGAGUCCGCUGCUGUACCUGACAAGUUUGAGGAAGAAGAGAAACGAGAACAUGGAGGGGUCAAAGCUGCAGUGUAUUGGCAAUACAUCAAAGCUGGUCGUCUGAAGUGGUGGUUCCUAGUCGUUCUCUCUGCCUUCAUUUUUCGACUACUCAUGGUGGCUGAAUCAUGGCUGUUCAAGGAAUGGGGCGAGGCUUACGGAAAGACUGAGCAGGUAUACGCCUUACAGAUACUGUCUUCAGAACUACACUUGACGUCUUCGAGCCCAAUCUCGAGGUUGUUCGCCCGCUUCCCCGAUCCUGGCGUCAACGUCUACCCUUGGUUGAUUGCAUUCCUGGUCUUCAUUAUUGUCGAAUGUGUGGCCUUCCUGGUCUCGCAAGUACUCAUGCUUGUAAUCACGUAUACGGCUGGCAAGGGCAUGUUCAAAGACAUUAUGGAGAAAGUCAGCCACACCACAUUCCACUACUACGACGUGGUUCCGAUCGGACGUCUCAUGAAUCGACUCACGUCUGAUGUCGCAACCAUUGACGGCAACAUCUCGGAUCAGUUCCUGAAUGUGGCUUGGCAGGCAAUCGCCUGGGUGACAUCGAUAGCUGUGAUAGCUGGAGUCACACCACUGUUCCUUUUCUUUUCAUUCGCAUUGACUGUCGCAUUUAUUCUCAUCUUCAUGCAGUUCCUUCCUACCAGCCAAAGUCUGAGACGACUCGAGAUGGUCUCUUUGAGCCCGCUGAUGUCAAACUUUGGUGCAUUGUUGAAUGGCUUGACAACCGUCCGGGCUUUCUGUGCUCAAUCUCAAUUCCAGGACCGCGUCAUCGCUGUCACAGAUGCCUUCCAGGGAAUGGACCACUUCUAUUGGUCCCUGCAAGCAUGGUUGAUGUAUAGAUUUGACAUCCUAUCAGCAUUCUCAACUUUCGUCAUGACCCUAUUGGCGAUCAAUUCGGGACUGUCUCCGGGACUCACUGCGUUCGUGUUGGCGUCUGCCAGUAGGUAUGUGGUCGCUACUCACAGCCUGUGUAAACAGUACGGUCAGCUCCAGCUCAACUUUGUGUCGGUUGAGCGUGUAGUGGAACUGCUACACCUAGAACAAGAGCCAGCUGGAGAGAUUGAGCCCCCAGCAUCUUGGCCUUCGUACGACAGCGAGAUUGUCUUUGAGGAUGUUUGCAUAAGAUACGCGCCGCACCUCGAUCCUGCUCUGUCCAAUGUGUCAUUCACCUUGAAGGGUGGAUCCAACACAGCGGUGAUUGGUCGCACAGGAUCAGGAAAGAGUACUCUCGCGCUGUCUCUUCUCGCAACCAUGACACCAGAGUCUGGACGUAUUCUCAUUGGAGGCAUCGACAUCGCAAAGGUCAACAAGCAAGCACUGCGUAAUCGCAUCACUUUCCUCGCCCAAGAUCCAGUUCUGUUCCCAGGCUCGCUGCGGCACAAUCUUGAUCCUACAGAAGAGCACUCGGAUGAUGAGUGUGAAGCUGUCAUAGCGCGUGUGUGUGGCAGCUACAACUGGACGCUUGAGACACAAAUCGACACUGGUGGCAAGAAUCUCAGUCAGGGGCAACGUCAACUCGUCGGUCUAGCACGUGCGGUGUUAAGAAGGAGUGCCAUCAUUAUCAUGGAUGAGGCGACUGCCAGUAUAGACAAGGAGACGGCUUGGGAGAUCCAGCGUGUGUUGAGGGAAGAGAUGAAGCAAAGCACUGUCGUCACUAUCGCACAUAGGCCCUCGGCCGUACGAGGUGCGAACUACUGUCUUGCACUGGGCAAUGGCAAGAUCAUCGAUCAAGGUAGUCCGGAGGAAGUCGACGUGGCUCACAGCACUGUUCCAGACACUAUUUGA